AUGUCUCGUGCCAACGAUACCGCCGCCAAGGUCUUCUAUAAAGGCUCAUCGGAUGACUUCAUCGUCUUCGUUGACGACCUCGAAGCCCUCAAAUCCUGGCGUUCUGAUCGUUCUAUUCCGCUCGUGAAUGUCAUAAAUGCUUAUAACAUAUUCGUGACUCAAAAAGGUGGUGCUCAAGGCAUUCUCAACGAAGCUAGCAAGGCUAUGCUUGAGAAUGAGUUCGGAUCUUCCGAUGACGAUGUCUGCAUAACCAAAAUUCUCGAGAAUGGUAGUUACCAGUCUUCCCUUGCCCGCGAGAGCCACGGUAAUACAAAUGUCAGCAACGGACCUGCUGGCGUGAAAUAA